CAUGCGUCAGAUGUCCCCGGCUGCAGCGGUCGGGAGGAUUCUGUGCUCCUCAGUCAAGGUGCGUUCGCCGUCCUCCAUCCUCAUGACUCACGUCUUCGUCUACGGCACCCUGAAGAAGGGCCAGCCCAACUACUUCCGCAUGCUGGACGCCGCCAACGGGAAGUCCGAGUUCCUUGGCUCGGCACUCACCGUCGAGAAGUUCCCACUGGUGAUCGCCGGCAAGUACGGCAUCCCCUUCAUGCUCAACAUCCCCGGCCAGGGCCACAGGGUCCACGGAGAGAUCUACAGAGUGGACGACCAGAUGCUGAAGUUCCUGGACGACUUCGAGAGCGUCCCCACCAUGUACCAGCGGGUCGGGGUCAAGCUGGAGGUCAAGGAGUGGGUGGGAGGUGGGGAGGCGGCGCCGUCGCCGGGGAGCAUCACCGAGGCGUUCGUGUACAACACGACGACCUAUCAGCCGGACUGGCCCUCGCUGCGGUGCUUCGACAGCUACGACGCGUUCGGAGAUCACGGCUUCAAGUACACGUACAGAGAGGAGCGAGACUGACGGAGCUCGCUGGGCUGGAGCUGUGAUCUACCUCCCAACAACGUUUACGGUGGAGCAUACAUCAAAACAAUCCUGGUUCCUGUAGCAUUCCUCAGCUCCAGUACAGAUCAGGGUGCAGAUUGUCUUUAUUUUUGACUUAAGAUCAACAAGGAAGUAUUAAAAUGAAUCUAGAGGGCUUUUUUUUAUUCGUGUAAAUCCCACAAAUAUGAGCUGUAUCGUUAAAAAUGUCCCUGUUUACUAGUUUAUGCUCAUCUCAGAGGCAUAUAUCUGUGAUUACACCACCAAAAUGUCCCCGUUUACUAGUUUAUGCUCAUGUUAGAGGCAUAUAUCUGUGAUUACCCCACCAAAAUGUUCCUGUUUACUAGUUUAUGCUCAUGUCAGAGGCAUAUAUCUGUGUUUACACCACCAAAAUGUCCCCGUUUACUAGUUUAUGCUAAUCUCAGAGGCAUAUAUCCGUGUUUACACCACCUGUGUGACAGCUAAACAUUAAUAAGUGGAGUUUUGGUGCUUGCUGUAGUGUUUAAAUGAAGGAGGAGGCUUUUAUUUUGAAAAACGGCUCCAAUUCUACUCCGUGAUGCAAUAACCCUCCCACUGUUUUUUUAUUUUAAAUCUCAAAAUAUGAAUUAUGACAAUCACUUCAUGCACACAUGAAGACAGACAUAAAGGGUUUUCCUUCUGUUUCUGGUUGAAUUUUGUCAUUGAAUCGUCUGCAGCCUUGAACUGAGGUUGUUUCUGUUGUUCAUACCUGUGAGUGUGACUUUUUGCUGGACACAAAUGGAGAGACGUGGCUCUGAGCAAAGCAUUCCAGAUGAAUAAAACAAAAUAAAAGCUUGUUGAAGUUUC